UCCCCUCUGCAGUUCGCCGCCAUGCAGUACUCCCACAAAUUCCAGACGCACUUCACCUUCUCCGAGUUCAUGGCCACCGCGGGCAGCUGGCAGCACCUGGUCGACGGCAUCCAGCAGCUGAGAGGGCCCACACACACCCCCACCGCCAUCCGCAAAGUGGUGCGGGAGCUGUUCGUGGCCAGCCGCGGAGCGAGGGACAACGUCAACAAGGUGCUCCUGGUCAUCACCGAUGGGAAGACCUACGGCGACAACACGCCUCUGGCAGACGUAGUGGCUGAAGCAGAGGGAAAGGGGAUCGUUCGCUACGCUAUAGGGGUGGGAGAGGCCUUUUCUGACACUGAUGCCAAGAGAGAACUGAACACCAUUGGUUCAUGGCCUUCCAAAGACUAUGUCUUCCAAGUGCAGGACUUCAGCGCCUUAGAGAGCAUCAGACAAGCACUGCAGGACAAGAUAUUCGCCAUUGAGG